AUAUCAUAUUGUUCAUUUCUCCCUCUCAGUCUGCCAUCCCGGUUGCGGGGCUUAUUGCUCGGUGCGUCUUGGAGAGAAGAGAGAGAGAGAGAGAGAGAGAGAGAGGAGGGGGGGUUGGACAGAGCGAAAGAGGGCGGAAUGCCCCUUUACAAGCGUCGCAUCUGACUAAAACAGCGGAGAAGCUCGUAAAUCUGAAAUUGGACAGAGAGGAAGACAGUGGUUUCUGCAACGCCAAGGUGAUGUUGGAAAACUUCAAGAAGAGUCCAUGCUGAUGUUUUGGAGAGAACACAGACACCGAUGCGUUCCACCAUUUCCUGCUGGAGCUAGAUGACUACGAGCUCAACUCUGCUCCCAACUUGUAGUGAAGAAGAAAAAAAAAGCCACUUGUCUGCAGGCUCCUGUUUCUGGUCUUGGAAACAUUAGGAAAAUAACAAGCUAAAGGUUAUGCAUGCACUGCAGGCAUAACUGCAUUUCUCUGCCAGACCUAUUUGCAGAGGAAAACUUUACAUGUAGAGUGUCUCCGCUCCUGCUUGCAAAUUCGUCAUGGCCCAGAACAUCGAGAGUCAAGCUCAAUAAAGGGAAAGUGAGAGAGAUGGGUGUCGCUCAGUCAUACAUGGGCACGCCAGUCUGGUCUCUGUGAUCCAGACCAAGACACCCCGCAGAGCCCCCUUGUGUUCCUCCUUGAUCGCCGCUGCCCCCUUUGCCUCCUCCUUCUCAUUUCACACCUUGUAAAAGGUGGACGGGCCAACGCUCCACUUACCCGAGCGCCGUCCGAUUGGUGAGGGCGGCGAGGGCUGCGCUGUCAUCGGCUGACUGCAGGUGAGAGUGCGAUGCGGAUUGGAGGAUGUCGGGGGACUGGGAUGAAGACUUGUGUAAGAAGGCGCUGGUGUUGGUGGAGGAGCUGUGCUUCAACUCCCCAAGAGGUUACAGCCAGAGCAAACGCUGCCAGGAGUUCAGCUACCUGCUGAGAGGCCCCAACAGACAGCUGGACACAGAGAUCUCCGUCAGUCUGCUGUCGGUCAUUGUGACAUUCUGCGGCAUCGUCCUCCUCUCCGUCUCCCUCUUCGUCUCGUGGAAGCUCUGCUGGCUGCCAUGGCGGGACAAGGAGGGUGGCGGCCUGAGCCUGACGUCGGGGUUGCUGCCCGGAAGCGCCGGCGUCGGAAGCCUGGGAGGAGCUGGGGGGUCGUCGCUCUUACCCCCGCUGCUGCAGAGGAAGGAGGGCCAGUCCUCGUCCUCGCUCUACCCCACCCUGGGCCAACAGGGCCAGCACCACCCCCACUUCUCUGACCUGGUGGGGCUGGAGAGGGGGGAGGUCGGAGGUGUGGCUGGGGGGCCUCAUGAGACCCAGGAGCACUCCUACCUGGACAUGGACUCCUACCCCAACAACGCCGGAACUCUGAAGCUGAGUCAGACGUCUCCAGAUGUCCCCAACUCAGAGGGUGGAGCCCAUCCCCAUAAAGACCUGCCCAACGCUCACUCCCAGCAGCAGGUCACCUCACGGCCCAAGCCCAUGACUCACCAGCUCUCCAGUCCUGAUUUCCAUGGUGAGGAGAAGGAGCAGGUAACCAGCAUUGGGCAGAUCAAACCGGAGCUCUACAGGCCCAAGGGCGACCAGGGCGAAGGCAAACAGGGCGACACCUGCGGCAAGAUCAGCUUCCUCCUGCGCUACGCCUUCAACACGGAGCAGUUGGUGGUGAAGAUCCUCAAAGCUUUGGACCUGCCAGCGAAAGACGCCAACGGCUUCUCUGACCCGUACGUGAAGAUCUACCUACUGCCAGACAGGAAGAAGAAAUUCCAGACCAAGGUUCACAGAAAGACCUUAAACCCAGUGUUCAACGAGACAUUUCAGUUCGGCGUGCCGCUGAAUGAGCUACAUUCCAGGAAGCUGCAUUUCUCUGUGUACGACUUCGACCGCUUCUCCAGACAUGACCUGAUCGGCCAGGUAGUGGUGGACAACCUGCUGGACUUCAGUGAGGGCAGCGGGGACAAGCCCGUCUGGAGGGACAUCGUAGAGGGCACCGCGGAGAAGGCUGAUCUCGGGGAGCUUAAUUUCUCGCUGUGUUACCUGCCCACUGCAGGCAGGCUCACCGCCACAAUCAUCAAGGCCACCAACCUCAAAGCCAUGGACCUGACCGGCUUCUCAGACCCGUACGUGAAGGCCUCUCUGAUCUGUGACGGGCGAAGGCUAAAAAAGAGGAAGACCUCCAUUAAGAAGAACACACUGAACCCCACGUACAACGAGGCGCUGGUGUUUGACAUUCCCAAUGAAAAUAUAGAAAGUGUAUCCAUCAUCAUUGCAGUGAUGGACUAUGACUGUAUUGGUCAUAACGAGGUUAUAGGGAUGUGUCGUGUCGGCAGCGAUGCUGAAGGUCCGGGAAGAGAGCACUGGGCAGCCAUGCUGGCCAAUCCACGCAAACCAAUAGAGCACUGGCAUCAGCUUGUGGAGGAAAAAGCGAUUGGUACAUUUGUGUCGAAGAGUGCUACAACACCCUCCCCUAAGCCUCACAUCGUGGUGGACAGUCCUCACUCCGAUUAAAACUGUGAGCCUCUCCCGGCUUUUGUUUUGACAGCACGGUUUUGCACAUACAAUUAUUUUCUCGUCAGGAGCGUGUUGUAAAAAAAUCACCUUUCCCCAAACAAGCCAAUAGCUCCUUGGUUUCUGUUUGUAAACAGGACUCUCUUUUUCUGGAGUCUUGAAGUGUAGUACACGUCCACGUACUGAGCAGCAGAUGCUGUCUAGUCAGAUUUACACAAGGAAACUGGUUGAGUCUUUAAAAGCAUGACCUGACUGUGAGUGUGUGAUAAAGUGGAGGCUGUGGAGCUGUCAGAUGUAGGAGCUCUAAGGCAGAAGCAUCUGUAUAAUCUAGAUGUUAUGGGUUAUGUAAUGCAUCUCCCCCUCCUCCCCCCAAACUUACAGUACUGCAUACUGUUUAUAUAUUCUAUCGCCCCCCUACUGUCUCUCUCUUGCUUAAUCUGCCUCUUCUCCCUUAUUCCCUCUUUCCUCAGGUCAUUAUCAUCUCCAGCUCCAGACUUUCCUUUCUUUCCUCUCAUCUGUGAAUAAUUCUCUCCAUCAAAAAAAAGAGAGACGCAGAGACACUGCUAGUGUCCAGCUGCUAGUGCUGUUUUGCUCCUGCUAAUGAAUCCUCCACGUCCUGUGCUGUCUUUACUAAGCCGGGGAAAAAAAAAACAACAACAAAAAAAAAAAAAAAACAUCUACCACGAGCUACACUUUGAGCAUCAGACUACACAUUUACAAACACACGCCGACAUUAAACGGUACAGCAGGGCUGAUAUCAGGUGUAAAUUUGGGAUCUAGCACAGGAACUCACACACAUAUCUCUCUCUCUCACACACACACAUACACGCACACACACACACACAUAUAUAUACACACAGAGUUUGUAGUAUGUGCGUAGUUCAUGUGUGCUUCAGAUUAGUGUAGUAUUUCAUCUAGGAGGAGUGUGAUGUGACAAACUUUUCUCUCUUGAAAACUAAAAAAGGAAAAAAAAAAAAGAAAGCCAUCAUAGAAUGGUCAUUUCAACCAGGACCAAAGGUUCAUGCCCUUGUACAUAUUAUAAAAGAAGAAAAUCACUAUGUCGAUAUUUUUUCUUUGCAACAUUGGUGUACAGUAUAUGCCGUACUGUAUAGGAAAACAUCUCAUGUAGUACUUAGCAGGACAAAACAUCCAUGGAGGAUUCUUCCGGCCAUUUUGGACGCCUUCUCCGGGCUCCGCACCCUCUGGUUUUGGACUUAUCUCGCCUGCUUUCCCCAGAGGAAAGACGACGAAGCAUCCAGUGGUCUUUAUUGAUGUCAGAGGAGCGAAAAAUGAGGACAGACUCAUUGGUCUAAGCAUGUUAAGCAACCUUGAAAUGUGUCCCUCUUCCUCAUGCUUUUUGUCACGGUCCUCAUGGUGCUCAUCAGUAUCAAAUUUUUUUUUUUUUGUGACAUACAGUAUACAUAUAACCACCAGGAAAGGAGUUUAUUCAUGCCAUAUUUUACAGUCCACUGAGGAUGAGAUGGUGUAAGCUUCUGAGAGACAUGGACUACAUGGUUGUCCCCGGCUUUCUGGCCAAAGCGGCAGACUAUUCCUAAUGUAGGACUACACAGGUUGAAGCAAACCUGCGUGUGAGAUCGGACCAGCAUCUGUUUGGAGUUCACUUGCUAGAGGAUGUAUUCCACUGGGAAGGAUACCACCGCUUUUAUUUUUCUAUCAUUCCAGGACUUUUUGUUUUCCUCUCUCAAGAAGUCAUCCUCCAGCUUCUGCUGAGAAAAUUGUUGUCUUCAAGUCCACACCAUGUCCCUGACAAGACUUUAGAAGGACACACACGUUUGUGUUGCUUUUAUUAGUGUGUGUUUCCGUGUUUGUGGGCGUGUUUGUUUUGUAUUUGUGCGUGUGUGUGUGUGUGUGUGUGUGUGUGUGUGUGUGCGUGUCACUGUGACCUUGUGUGUGACACGUUUCUGUGCUCACCGCCUCCCUAGUCUUUUUUCUGUCUACGCUUCCCUAACUCCCCAAAUCCUGGCAGAAAUGCUCGUCUCGGAGCCAAACGUGUCUUCUGUCCUGUGUCUUUACAAAGAGCCAUUUUGUGUGUGUGCAUGGGUGUGUGUGAGAGAGCAUAUGUGUGUGUGUGUACUAUACGUGCCUCAUUGCACUAGGUGGGGAAACACUGUCUUUCAUAGACAUUAGUUUGUAUUGUCUAUGUCGUCUCUGAAGUCAGCUGCCAAUCAUUCAACCCUCCUCUCCUCUCUGACCCUUUGCCUGAUGUAAGUAACUGUGUUGAUCGUGUUCUUCUUUCAGUAAUUUGUGUACUGUAUGUCCGAGGAAAAAAAAAAAAACAGAUGGCACAGUGAUUGAAAAUUAAAUUGUGUUUUGUUUAAAUUUACAAGAAGGAACAAAACAAAAAAAAUGAAAAGAAAAGAAAGAAAGAAAGAAAAAAAGAAAAGAGAAAACAUCCGAGGCUCAUUUCUUACGGCCUACCGAUCAUAACAAAUUUAGAUCCCCUUAAAGCAAGACAGCAGGGAGGAGGUGUUGUGAGAAAACAAGCGCCUGGAGUUUCUGCACUUCCUGUGUAAACCGAUACAGACUUAUAAAGCCAUGUCUGUCACCGCUACUACAACUACUACUGUAACCUCAGCAAAACAACAGUACAACACCUCACUACAGCUACUUGUAUUGCUAUCGAUGCCAUUUCCCUCUCAUCCUCUCACACACAAACACACAUGCUUUUGCCAAGGAGGGUGUGUGUGUGUUUGUGUGUGUGUGUGUGUGUGUGUGUGUGUGUGUCUGUUUCAGGGGAGCGAUCUGCUUUAUUUCUCUUUACCUUUGGAUCAUGGAAGUGCAGGGAGGCUUGACCUGUGAGCUUGAUCGGGUAUCUGAGAGGUGACAGAACCCGCGUCAUGCCCUCAAGAAUUUGUCAGCUGUGGGAUCAGCUUGUAUAAGUAGAUAUGGUAUCGAUCCAUUGGUCUCGAGGCCCCAUAAUUCUCUCUGUUUCCCAGCCUCUCUCUCUCUCUGUCUCUCUCUCUCCCUCUCUGUCUCUCUCUCUGCUUGUGUCCAUCCUAUUUAGCCCUUGUGUUACUGCCUGGUGAUAGAUUACAGAACUCAUAGUGGAACCAGCACAUUCCCUAGUUCUCUUCCUCCUUCUGUCUGCCCCCCCGUCUGUCUGAUUACUGUCUGAUUACUCAUUCUCUCCUCGAGCAAUCCUUACCUUUCCUCCUGCUCCACUCCCCCUCACCUAUCCAUUCCUUGCUCUAAUUUUUUCCUUCACCAUCCUCACUUCCCCGCUCCCUCAGUAUCCCUCCAUCUUGCCCUCUUUAUUUCUUUCUUUCUGUGUGCCCCCUCGUCCCCCAGCCCGUCCCCCCUUCCUCGCUUCUAUUCUCUUUCUCUCGCUGUCUUUUCGUGUUAGUGCAGUUCUGAAUGGUCAUGGGGAAACAUGUUUGCAUGCUUAUAUUAACAUGAAUGAUGUCAACUUGAUGCAAUGAAAAAUUAUAUAAGUGAUGCUUUAAGCAAAAUCUGACAAUGAACUUGAUACUAAUACUACUAAUGACGACUAAAUGGAGACCUAGCAAUUGUUUAUCUCUGUGGUCAAAAACAACGAUGAUGAAAUGACAUUGUUUAUGCUGUAUUUAUCUUUCUGGAAUUGGUAUUCUUUUUGAUUUUCAGUUGUUUUUUAUAUAUGAUUUAUUCAAGAGGCUUACUUUUUUAUUGGUUAAUGCUGAGAAUUUGAGUGAGGGGUUCAGUCAGGGCGAUAGUUUCAGUCAGGACAGCUGUAUCAGGUCGCAGGAUGUCGGUGAAUGUGUAAGUAACAGUGUGACUGAAGCAGUGAUAAUGGAAAUAAAGGAUAUGUAUCAUCCA